AUGAUUAGGUUAACCCCACGUAAUAAUAGAGAUAAAAGAACAAUUCGGAUGAGUGACAUGCUCGCUGAUUUGACUCAUAUUCCAGCUGAAUUAUAGAAUGAGAAUAAUAUCACUAAUACUAAUACUGAGACUAAAUCCACAGAUGAUAUAACUCCUAUAAAAUAACCAUAAAAUAAUGAGGAAUAGCAAAACUAAAUCCCUAUGCAUAGUGAGUUUGUAUUUGACUAUGAAAAUUACUUGCAAAACACUGUAGCACUAAAUCCUAUUCAGCUAACGGAAGUUUAAACUCCAAUAGUUGCUUAAAUUCCUCCCCUUCAAUUAAAAUAAAAUGCUUAGUCAAAGUCUAAAAAGAAAAAACCUUAAAAAUAGUAAGAUCCUUAAAAUGAAGCGAAUAUUGCAAAUAAUAACCAGCCAGCUGGUUGUAGCAGAAAAAGCAAAGAAUUAUAAAAAAAGUAGUAAUCUGAGGAAUAAAUUCAGAACUAGAAGGACAAAAAAGUGAAGAAAAAAGCUCAAGCAAAAAAGAAAAAAUAGUCUGCUUCGAAUGGACCAUCUGAAGGUAAGACUUUGGCUGAUAUGACAUUUCAAAAUCCCACAGUAUCUGCUGCAAAACACAUGUGUCGGCAACUGCUACUUGAUGAGCUAAAGUAAAUAAUGCAAAGAGAUAAUAAUGGGUUAUUGGAUUUGAACUUUUAGUAGGUCCAGCAAACUUAGAGAAAGGAUCUUUUCUUAGAUAAUUUCUAUGAUUAAAAUGAAGUAGAAGCUGGGAUAGAGUAAAGUGAAAGUUUCAAAAAAAUAUAGGACAUGAUUAUUUAAUAAACUCAGAAAUUCAUGAGAACUGAUAGCACAGGCACUUCAGCUGCUCCAUAUUAAUCUCUCAGAAGUGAUAAUGAAAAGGGCAUAAGAACUUUAAAAAUCUUUGGAAUAGGUGAAACUUGA